CGCACCUUCCGGUUAACCCGGAUGUGCCUCCCUUGAAUCAGACCGCUAUUAUUUUUCUGCCCUAGCGGCCAGGCUGAAUAAUCUAGAAGCUUGUUUAGCCGACUUAUUUUGUUUCAUAUUCACUUUCUCGGCUAAUUAGUGACAAGAUGUCCAGGAGACGACACAGCGACGGAGAGAGUGACGGAGGUCAGGCACAUAAAAGGAGGAGAACGUCAGAGCCAAUUGAAAUCGAAGACCGGCUGGAGUCACUGAUAUGUCGAGUGGGGGAGAAGAGUACGUCAUCUCUGGAGAGCAACCUGGAGGGCCUCGCAGGCGUGUUGGAGGCCGACCUUCCAAACUACAAAAACAAAAUCCUGCGCAUUUUAUGUGCAGUCGCUCGCCUCCUACCUGAGAAGCUGACUGUGUACACGACUUUAGUCGGCCUCUUGAACGCCAGGAACUACAACUUUGGGGGCGAGUUUGUGGAGGCCAUGAUCAGACAACUCAAGGAGACACUGAAAAACAACUUGUACAAUGAAGCCGUUUAUUUGGUGCGUUUUCUGUCUGAUUUGGUCAACUGCCAUGUGAUCGCUGCUCCUUCUAUGGUGGCCAUGUUCGAAAACUUUGUCAGUGUUACUCAGGAGGAAGAUGUACCACAGGUUCGGUCAGACUGGUUUGUGUAUGUGGUGCUGUCCUGUCUGCCCUGGGUCGGUAAGGAGCUUUACGAAAAGAAGGACGUUGAGAUGGACCGACUUCUCAGCCAGAUCGAAGGCUACCUCAAGGGGCGAGUGAAGACGCACGUUCCCAUGCUGCAGGUGUGGACAGCGGAGAAGCCCCACCCACAAGAGGAGUACCUGGACUGCCUCUGGGCCCAGAUUCAGAAGCUAAAGAAAGACCGCUGGCAGGAGCGUCACAUCCUUCGUCCGUACAUCGCCUUCGACAGCGUGCUGUGUGAGGCCCUGCAACACAACCUGCCCCCCUUCACCCCGCCAGGCCACAUGCCCGACGCCCAGUACCCCAUGCCACGGGUCGUCUUCCGCAUGUUCGACUACACCGAUGCCCCAGAGGGUCCCGUUAUGCCUGGCAGCCAUUCUGUGGAGAGAUUUGUCAUAGAAGAAAACCUGCACUGUAUCAUCAAGACUCACUGGAGAGAGAGGAAAACAUGCGCUGCCCAGUUGCUCAGCUAUCCAGGGAAAAAUAAGAUCCCACUCAACUAUCACAUCGUGGAGGUGAUCUUUGGAGAACUCUUCCAGCUGCCCUGUCCGCCUCACAUCGACGUCAUGUACACCACACUGCUCAUCGAACUCUGCAAACUGCAGCCGGGAUCGUUGCCACAAGUCUUGGCCCAAGCCACAGAGAUGCUGUACAUGAGACUGGACACCAUGAACACCACCUGCAUAGACAGACUAAUCAACUGGUUUUCUCAUCAUUUGAGCAACUUCCAGUUUAGAUGGAGCUGGGAUGACUGGUCUGACUGCUUGACCGUGGAUCUAGAGAAGCCCAAGCCAAAGUUUGUCAAAGAGGUUCUGGAGAAGUGCAUGAGACUCUCAUACCAUCAGCGGAUAGUGGACAUCGUCCCUGCGACCUUCUCAGCGCUGAUCCCAGCCGAACCCAUCUUUUUGUACAAAUACGAAGAUGAGAGCGCCUCUUCGUUACCGGGUUAUGCAGCAACCAUCAUUGUCGGAAACGCCAUCAAGAACCGAGCGUCCAACGAAGAGAUCUUGGCCAUCCUCAAAGAAGUGCCCAACCCCAACCAAGAAGAUGAUGAUGACGAGGGCGAGAGCUUCAACCCUCUGAAGAUCGACGUGUUCCUGCAGACGCUGCUCCACCUGGCAGCCAAAUCCUUCAGCCACUCCUUCAGUGCUCUUGGCAAGUUCCAUGAAAUCUUGAAGGCCCUGACAGACACCGACGAGGGGAAACUUCACAUCCUCAAGGUGGUUUAUGAAGUGUGGAGGAAUCACCCGCAGAUGAUCGUAGUGUUGGUGGACAAAAUGAUUCGGACGCAGAUCGUGGACUGUGCUGCUGUGGCCAACUGGCUCUUCUCUCAGGACAUGGCUCAUGAGUUCACCAGACUUUUCGUUUGGGAGAUUCUGCACUCGACCAUCCGAAAGAUGAACAAACACGUGCAGAAGAUCCAGCAGGAGCUGGAGGAGGCCAAGGACAAGCUGGAGAAACAGCAGCAUAAGAGGAGGGACAGUGGGGACGACGAGGACAUGGACAAGAACAGCGAGGAUGAGGAGGGUCAGUUAGAGGAGCAGAUCGAGAGGCUACAGGAGAAGGUGGAGUCGGCUCAGAGCGAACAGAAGAACCUCUUCCUCGUCAUCUUCCAGCGUUUCAUCAUGUUGUUGACGGAGCAUCUGGUUCGCUGUGAGACGGGCAGCGUGGACAUCAGCACGCCCUGGUACAAGAACUGUAUCGAGCGGCUGCAGCAGAUCUUUCUCAUGCACCAUGUGACCAUCCAGCAGUACAUGGGAACCCUGGAGAACCUGCUGUUCACCGCAGAGCUCGACCACCACAUCCUGGCCGUGUACCAGCAGUUCUGCGCCCUCCAGCUCUGAGACACACACACCAACACACACACGCGCACACACACACACACACACCAACACACACGUCUAAGGAUGAAUUGUGGACUUGUGUUCACACCGUACCUACACAUUAGAAACUACCAGCUCUUGCAUCAAGAAUCUCCUCAUCACAGUUUCUUUGUUUUUUUAAAAAUUGAGUUUUGUGUUGUUUGGUGCCAUUCGACUCGUUAGUUUGUGCGACCACGACUGAGGGCGUGUUUUGAAGUAGGAAGUCUGAUAAAUCCUCCGUCAUUAAUUUGCUGUAGUGUUUCCUUUUUUUGUUUUGUUUUUUUUGCUCGGGUUUCAGUUUUUCUUUUUUACAUCCUGCUUGUAUUCUUAUGAAAGGGUCUUUUUAAAUCUGUCUAAACUGUCUGGGGAGAGCUGCAGGAACGAUCACAGGAAAGGAGGAGGAGGAAGAGGAGGAGGCUUCAGGUUGGCUCGGAUUGAUUAUGAAUCUAGAGAGCGCUCUACUUUUUUAUAUUUGUUUUAUGUGGAAUUGGGAAAUAAUUAAAACUCUUUAUCCGUCUUUA